UCUGUCGCGUGGGCGAGGUGCGCUGCGCGUCCGGGGUCGGCUGCGUGGACCAGCACCGCUGGUGCGACGGCCGCGUGGACUGCGCCGACGGCAGCGACGAGCCCGCCAACUGCACCUGCGCCGCCUUCCUGGCCGUGACUAGGCCCGCGCUGCUGUGCGACGGCCGCCGCCAGUGUUGGGACCGGACGGACGAGCAGCCCGACCUGUGCCCCUGCUCCCCCGAGAGGUUCCUCUGCGCCAAGUCCGGUCAGUGCGUGGCGCCCGAGGUGGUGUGCGAUGGCUUCCAGGACUGCCCAGGCGGUGAGGACGAGCAGUUCUGCUUCUCGGUCGAGUCCCUGGACCCCGCCAGGACCGGUGGCAGCGUGACGAGACGCUCGUUCGGCGCGUGGCACUCGUACUGCGGGCCCGGCGGCGACGUGGUGGCGGACGCCGCCUGCUCCUCCGUGGUGGGCCUGUCGCGCGCGCGCUCCGCCAGCCUGGCCAACGCGACGCUGGCCGUGCUGCCCGAGUACGACUCGUUCAGCGGCGCCCGCCUCAACGACCGCUGCACCGUGGCCAUCAGGGGACCCGGGCCCAUCGUCAACCUCCGCGCCGUGCAGCUGGCCGCCGACACGCCCUGCACGCAGACCGUCGUCACUUGCCAGUGAGGGGCCGAGAUCUCCCUCGGAUCUCCCUUCUCUGUCUUGCGAAAUGGAACUUGCGAUCACCUGCGUUUCCUCUGACGGGAUCUUGGUCGGUCCGUCUUGCCGAUUUCGAUUCCGGCUCGCUUUUGUAAAUCGACGGGGAAAAUGCGUUGUUGAAUAUCUUCUUCCUUUCCUUUUACAUCAUUUAUGACAAGUACAAAUAGUGGGUUUCAACAAAGUUAUCAAGGAACUGUACCUACAAAUGUCGCUUCCCAGUUUUGUAAAAGUUGUUUAUGUGUCAUUUUUUACUUUAGUUUGUAAGUUCUGUUACCUUUACCUGGAAGGUCAACACAACAUUAGUUAUUUACUUUAUAUUUAUUUACAAAAAAUUAAAGAAAACUGUGCACAAGAACACAA